AUGAGUACUUCGGUUUCAACCGUUGAAGCAAGUUCUUCAUCCCCUACGGAUCAUCAUCAAGAUCAUAAUUCUUUAAAGCAGCAAGAGGAACAUCCAACUUCAUCUCCUCCUGAUGCAUCGACUCAUACCAACAAUAUGUCAACUUCGGUUGAUACUGAAGAUCAAACCACCUUCUCAGAUACUCGCUUGUCUGUGAGUGGUGAGGCUUCUCAAUUAGAUGUUAAUCUAGAUUUUACUCCUCAUCAGGGAGAUGUUAGUGCCACCACCGCCACCACCAUCACAACAGAAACAUCGUCAAAUGCCACUAAUCAAGUGAAGGAAUUCUUUGAAAAGAAAGAUCCAGUCGUAUUCAUCAAUGAACGUGAUGUCAUUAAAGAAUACAAGAUGAAUGUCAAGUGUGCAGCCAAUGUCCGUGCUUUGGAUCCAACUCCCAUUCUCAAGACUCAAACUGUGGAAGUUGGAAAAGACGCUCAAAACCAUCCAAUCCGAAGACGUGCUGAUUUUAAAGAUUAUUUGGUCGAUGGAAUGAUCGAUAAGGAGGGAGAUGCCAAACAAAUUUACACUGCCUACGAUGCUUUUAGAUUGGCAGCUGAGAAAUACCCAAAUAGAGAAUGUUUGGGUGUCAUUACCGAGGUGACAGAUUCUCAAACUGGAAAGAAGUCUCUAGGAAUGAAAUUUGAAACCUUCUCUCAAGUGAAAGAAAAGACUUUGGAUUUGGGAUCUGCUUUGAGAAAUUUGGGUCUUGCUCCUCAUUAUCACGUUGGUAUUUAUUCAAAGAAUCGUCCUGAAUGGCAAAUUACUUCUGAGGCUUGUCACACACAAUCACUAGUGACUAUUGCUCUUUAUGAUACAUUGGGAGAAGAGUCUUCAGUCUACAUUAUGAAUCAUGGUGAAGUCGUUGCCUUGUUUGUCAGUGGUGAUGAUGUCUUUUCCAAAAAUGUCUUGAAGUGGGUCAAUCAAUGUGAAUAUUUGAAAUUUGUCAUCUUGUUCAAAAAUCAUGAAAAUCCAAACUAUGACCAAGACGUUCAAAAGUGGAAAGAAGAAUUCAAAACCAAGACCAAAGACUCUGUUAAAUUAUUCACCUUCGAAGAGGCCUUGCAAUUGGGAAGUGGUGAAAAACGUGUUCCUCCUACUCCUCCUCGUUCCGUUGACAUUGCUACCAUCAUGUACACUUCAGGUACGACAGGAAUGCCAAAAGGUGUCAUGCUCACACAUCUCAACAUUGUUUCCACAGUUGCAGGUGUUCACUGUAACCUCAUGAGAAUCAAUGAGACGGAUCGUGUCGUGAGUUAUUUACCAUUGGCUCACAUUUUAGAAAGAGUUGCUGAAAUGGCCUUCUUACAAGUGGGUGGCAGUAUUGGUUAUUGGCGUGGUGAUGUGAAAAAACUCAAAGAUGAUAUUGGUAUUAUUCAACCUACCUUGUUACCUGCUGUUCCUCGUGUGUUGGAUCGUCUCUACGAUGGAAUUAAUGAUCAAAUCAAACAAAAGAAGAAGAUUGCUCAAAUGAUCUUCAAUAAGGCAUAUUCUCAAAAGUUGAAAUAUAUGCAACAACACGGUGUUGAAGUCAAGACUCCAAUUUUGGAUGCUCUGGUCUUCAAGAAAGUGAAACAAGCGGUUGGAGGUCGACUUCGUGGAAUUCUUUCAGGAGGUGCACCUUUGAGAAAGGAAGUUCAACAAUUUAUUUCUGUAGUGUUUGGAUGUCCUGUUGUUCAAGGUUAUGGAUUGACUGAAACAUGUGCUGGAUCUACCAUUCAAAUUCCAUACGAUUUUUCUACUGGUCAUGGAGGUUGUUUGUUACCAUGUUUGGAAAUCAAACUUGUAGAUGUUCCAGAAAUGAACUAUUCCAACAAGGAUAACAAUUCUGGAGAAAUUUGUAUUCGUGGUCCAAAUAUUUCACUUGGCUAUUACAAGGAAGAAGAAAAAACUCGUGAAGUCUAUGACGAAGAUGGUUGGUUCCACACUGGUGACAUUGGUCGAUGGAAUCCAACAGGAACACUUUCGAUUGUUGACAGAAAGAAGAAUAUUUUCAAACUUGCUCAAGGUGAAUAUGUAGCAGCUGAAAACAUUGAAGGCAAACUAAGCAAAGCUAAUUAUGUCUCACGUAUUUGGAUCUAUGGAGAUUCCUACAAGACCUUCCUCGUCGGUGUCGUUGCUGUGAACGGUCUCAAAUUACUCGAUUGGGCCAUCACCAAUGGAAAAGUCUCUCAUCAAGGAGCUGUCUCUGCCAUGUCUGAACAAGAUCAAUUACAAAACUUGGAGAAGUUAUGUGCCGAUCCAGAAAUCAACAAAAUGAUUCUCAAAGAAUUGGAACGUGUUGGAAAGGAAUGUAAAUUAUUAGGAUUUGAAAUGGUGAAGGCUAUCAAAUUGAUUCCUCGAGACUUUGAGUUUUAUCCUGGAUGUACCACACCCAAGUUGAGUUUGGUGAGAAACAAGUUGAGAGAUACAUUCCAGAAGGAUAUUGAUGAAAUGUAUGAAAAGACUAAGGUGAAUUAA